AUGAGCAUCGACACCUACAAACACAUGAACCCGCAACUAAAGGGCAACUGCAAGGCCAACUUCUGGGCUGGCUAUGCCUACUGCGUGGAUAGGGCAGCAGACGAUAAUUUCCCGCUGGGUCUCCUAGUCCCUGCUGCCACGAAGACAGCCGACUCGCCCCCCAAGACCGCCCCUGGUGAUUCCAACAACGGUCAAUUCAUCACCGCAAAUCCGGCGAAACACACCACCGACCCGCAGAAGCACGUCGACCCGAACUGCAAAGCAGCCCCGAUGGACCAAUGCAUGCAGGUCUUUAUGACCUUAACUGCCGCCCCAGCACCAGCCCUGGACUGGUGCAAGCGAUAUCUUGCGGGGCCAAAGUGCACCGAAACCGGCCUUCAACCAAUCAUGAAAUCAUACAGCAAUUUCCCAGAACCGGCCCAUGCAUGGAAGCAGUGUAUGUAUCCCGACUCUCCGCCAGUGGCCCCGAAGUUCAGCACGGCUUGUAGUUGCUUUGUUAAAGCGUACGCGACACCUGCCUGA